GACACAUUUUAUUUUAUUUUAUUUUUGAUCUUAUGCAUUAUAUUCUCAAUAGUUGAGAUUGAGUACUUUGCAAAUCAAUUAGAUUUUGGGUCUGACCAAAAUUUUAGGCCCAAUCCUGUCCACGAACGCCCCUGCUGCCCUGCCGGCUGGCCCCGUGAAAACACACGGUGGAAGCGUGAUCUCCAGUUGUCUCUGAGGAGCGAACCUUGCUUGCUAUAUGUGAGCUCUAGGAAUCUAAAAUUCCAUUUCCGAGGAUUUUCCUCAGAGCAUCUCAGAUUUCCGGCGGGAUAUGGAAGCAGCUGCCUUAAUAUUUUCUCAUUCUACGUUUCGCUUGCCCACUUUGGGAUUCGCAGUCAGAAAGCCCAGCCCGAAGCUGGGAAAAUCCAUUUUCUCCAUCAAAGAGACUGCAGAUGGCUUCUUAUGCUGUGCCUCCCAGGGGAACAUUCUUCCAUUAACAGUUUCAGCCGUAAAAUCUGAUGGAAAUAGGGGACUUCGACCUCUGAAGAAAAAUACAGCCUCAGGAAGAAUAUCAAGAGGGAAGGGAACUAAGACGCCCCAACCAUCUAACAAUAAAUUAUCAGAGUCAUCUAACCAGGAGGAGAUAAUUGCUCUGUUUAGACGGAUACAGUCUUCAAUCUCGAAAGAAAAGUCUCCAAGUGCCAAAAAGGGCAUUUCUAAAUCAUCUGUUGGGAAAGCCUCAGCUGAGUCAGUUUUGGAGGUUCUCCGCCAAUCAAGGAAGCAAGUGAAAGGCAGUGACCCCAACAAUGAAGGUGAUAAUUUGUUGACAAGGAAAACAGGGGUUCUGAAGAAAGAGCGAAGAACACACGAUAGCCCUCCAGAAGCGGACUUAAAGUUAAAGCCAACUCGACCACCAUCCAAAUUUGUUAAGAGUUCCCCGAUUCCAUCUCCAUCAGCCCUCAGAGGAACAGUUGCUGAACAAAAGAGUAAUGCAGUGUCCGUCACAGGCAGUGGUAAAGAGUCGAACUUGCAGAAAGUUGAGGAAACAGAGCUUCCUGGUAAGGAGUUGCAGAGAGUUGAGGAAAUGACGGUUGCUGCACUAAAAGACUUCGCCAAGUCAAGAGGUAUUAAAGGUUACUCAAAACUGAGGAAGAGUGAGCUAGUGGAUUUGCUGAAGUACUUAAACUUUGGAGCCAUGCUGGAUUGGAAGAAAAAGUAAUGUGAUAGAGAUCCUGUCAAUGUUUAAUACAUGCCUGAACAGCUUGCAUUUUUGGCAGCAAAUUGUUCAAUUAGUGAAGAGUGCCAUUAUUUUUCC